AUGCCUGGCAGAGUCGCCGCCCGCUCGACAUCUGCAACGACGCGGAGGUCGUCAGCUCAACCAUCUGCGUCUGGGCGCGCUGCCUCCGUGACCCCAUCCUUUGCGAUCCCCGAUGAAGCCGCGGAGCCAAUCUCCUCCCCCACCUUGCGUCGCGAUGUUUGCUUGAUAUUCGCGGAUGCCCAGCGCUCCUUUACUGGUCAUCGAAAGCUAGUUGUGCGCCUGCGCAAGCUCCAGGAGAUAUGCUGUGGUAUCUUCCAGAAGAGAAACGACAAGACGAAAGAUCAGGAGGCCGAGGAAGCACUUGUCCCAGGUGAAGAAACACAGGCUGAGAAGGAAUUCAACGUGGAGAUUGGCCGCUGUAUGCUUCGAAUUCUGGCGAUUAAGAAGAGCGAACCUGUGGGAGACCGCGUUUUGCGCUUCCUGGGGACUUUCCUUAGCCAUGCUACAGGAAAGGACACCGAGAUGUUCGCCACCGGUGAGGACGAUGAUCACAAUCCCGAAACCCCGACCUCGCGCCUCACUUCCAGUCUCGUUUCCCUCAUGGUUCCCGUUAUGAGCGCAAAGGACAAGAUGGUGCGAUUCCGCGCAACCCAAAUCACCGCCCACAUUGUGAACUCGCUUGAAACAAUCGAUGAUGAGCUCUUCCAUACGAUAAGACAAGGCUUUUUGAGACGCCUUCGAGAUAAGGAGGCAUCAAUCCGGGUGCAGGCAGUCAUGGGACUAGGACGUUUGGCAGGAGACGACGGAGACGGCGAUGGAAAUGACGACAGCCAAUCCGCACUCAUCGAAAAGCUCCUGGAAAUCAUGCAAAACGACACAAGCGCGGAUGUUCGGAAAACCCUCCUGAUAAACCUGCCCCUCGCUCCAAAGACACUUCCCUAUCUGCUGGAGCGCGCCCGUGAUCUGGACGCGGCUACCAGACGUGCAUUAUACUCCCGCCUUCUUCCUACAUUGGGCGAUUUCCGCCACUUGUCCCUUUCAAUGAGGGAACGACUUCUCCGGUGGGGUCUACGUGAUCGAGAUGAGAGUGUGCGCAAGGCAACAGGCAAAUUAUUCUACGACCGUUGGGUCGAAGACUGCGCCGGAACCAACAAUGACCCUAACGAGGGCCCGACCGGUCAACGUUCUCCACCCAAUACAAAUGCUCUGCUCGAACUCCUGGAGAGAAUUGAUGUUGUGAACUCAGGAAUGGAGAGUGGAAUCGCCCAUGAGGCCAUGCGUAGCUUCUGGGAGGGCCGUGCAGACUACCGCGAAGCUGUUGUAUUUGACGAGCCGUUCUGGGAGGAGAAUGAAGGGAAGUACGACAACCUUGCUGAUGACAAGAUGCCCGAGGUCACGGCUUUUGCCUACUUCCUCGGAAAGUACAUCACGAAACUUUUGGAGAGGAAAAAGAUUUCCAAGGAUAGCGGAGAUGCGAACGAUGAUGAUGCUGUUGAGCACGAAUUCGUCGUUGAACAAUUGCUCCACAUUGCUCCUACACUGGAUUACAGUGACGAGGUUGGGCGACGGAAGAUGUUCUCUUUGCUGAGAGAGACUCUCGCUGUGCCAGAACUCCCGGAGGAAAGCACCAAGCUGGUGAUUGAGACCCUUCGAUGUGUAUGUGGACCUGAUGCUGCAGCCGAAGCCGAGUUCUGCAGCGUGGUCCUGGAAGCAAUCGCAGAAGUUCACGACACCAUCACCACAGAAGACAGCUUUGUUUCAGCCAGAUCAGAGAUCAGUGAUGAUGCCAGCAGAAGAUCUGAGACCCCAGGCGAGGAACAAGAAGCCCCAUUCAACAAGGAGGAGGCGAAGGCCAAGAUCGUUCGCGAGAUUGUCGUGAACAUGAAGUGUUUGUACAUUGCUCAAUGCAUGUUGCAAAAUGUUCAAGGUCAUCUGCAGCAGAACAUGAAUCUUGUGACUAUGCUUAACAAUCUUGUGGUACCGGCAGUUCGCAGCCAUGAAGCUCCCAUCAGAGAGCGUGGUCUUUUGUGCCUCGGUCUAUGCUGUCUACUUGACAAGAAUUUGGCCGAGGAGAACAUGACACUGUUCAUCCAUUGCUACAGCAAGGGUCAUGAGGCGUUGCAAGUAACAGCCCUUCAGAUCCUCUGUGAUAUGAUUACGACACACCCCUCUCUACUCGCCCCUGUCACUCAGUCUGACGGCGAAACCAUCACGCCCCCUCCCAUGCAGAAGCCGCUGCUCAAGGUUUUUGCUCGCGCUCUACGUGCCAACUCGCCAAACAGCGUGCAAUCUGGAGCUGCUGCCGCACUUUCCAAAUUGCUUUUGACUAAUGCUUUCACUCCUGCUGGUCCCAACGUUCCCCCUGCUGUUCAAGAAAUCAACCAGAACGCGGUUGGAACUUUGCUGCAAUCACUCGUUGUGGCGUUCUAUCACCCGCGCACCCGUGAAAACCCAGCGCUUCGCCAGUCUCUGGCUUACUUCUUCCCUGUUUACUGCCACUCUCGGGUUGAAAACACCCAGAACAUGCGAGCAGUAGCAGUACCAGUCGUUCGGGCUGUAAUGCAUGCCGCAGAGGAGUACUACUCCCUUGAGGCCGAGGAAGACAGUGAUGGGGAAGUUGAUGCUAGCAUCGGCGAGCGUGAACUGAAGGCACUCAUGACUGGUGUCAUUGGCAUGCUUUCCGAAUGGACCGAUGAACGCCGAGUGGUUGGCCUUGGCGGCGAAAAGGUCCUAGCUGGAGGUGCUGCAAGUUCCACUGUUUGCGGAUGGGUUCAUCUGGCUCUGGUCAAGGAUAUCCUUGAACGUGUGCUUGGCGUUACUGCUGGAACCAGCCGCUGCUCCAAGGAAGAACGCAAACUCCUCUUCUCACUGCUUAGCAAGCUGUAUUUCGCUGCUCCUACUUUGCCCCCACGAGAGCGAGCAGGCUCCCGCGUCCCCGAAAGCGAGGAACCAUUCCGCACUAGCGUCCGCAGCGCUACGGGCAUCGAAGUUUCCCCGGAGAACAACGAGCUCGCUUCCGAGGUUAAGGAAUUGCUGGACCAAACCAUUGAGGAAGGUCUCGCAGGCGAAGCUUCCAGUCGCAAUGCCCUUGUGAAGGCCAAGAAUGCCAUCUUGAAGAUCCUCGCCGUGGCACAGGAUUCUCGUGCUGCUAGCGCUCGUCCACGAGAGGGCACCGAAGACAUUGAUAAUGAUGGUCACAGUGUCCGUUCAGCUAGCGUUCGCCGCUCUGUGGAGCCUUCUGGUCCCGCGAGUCGUCGCCACGUCUCCGUCGAGCCAAGUAUCAUGGAGGAAGAUGAAGGCGAGGGAGACAGUCGGAUGACCUCUGCUACUGCAAACCGCCCCAUUGUCUCCAUUGAACCUAGCAUCGUGGAGGUUGACGAAGAAGAUGAUCACGAUACUAGCCGAGGGACGCUGAUUAAAGAGGAGACCGGUGAUGAGUGA